GGGGCGGCUCGGCAGCGCCGCGGCUCAGGCCGUGCGGUGCGAGCGAUCCGCGGCCCCGUGCCGGACCCCCCUGCCCUGCCCGGCCCCGCCGGAGCCCGCCGGAGCCCGCACACGGCCCAGGUGCGCUGCCGGGGGGGACAGGGGCGGCCCCGAGGCUUUGCUUUGCCAGGGGGCUGCGCUGGGUGGCUGUCGGGAGGAACUUCCCCGUGCCUCAGUUUCCCCGCGAAGGAAAGGUUUAGAUCUGCACAAGAACCAAGAUCAGGAACCAUGGCAUCCAUCCCAUCCAGCGGCUCGCUCAUGGCCACGCACAACUAUCGCAGAAGGCGCCUGAGCUCCACAUCCAGCACCAGCUCCUGCAGCUCAGAGUACUCUGGGGAAGUCAUCCCCCAUGGCCCGGACCUGCCCAAGUCUGACCCCGGCCAGUGGUGGGCCAGCUUCUUCUUUGGGAAGACAACUCACCCAGCCAUGACAACGGUGUCAGAGUCCCAGGAGAGCCUGGGAGCUCUGCGGGUGGCCACAGGACCCGUAGCCUGCGGGCUGGUGGCAGCCCCGGGCGCAGGGCGGAGGCGCCACGCCAGCGAGUCCAGCGCGGGCCCCGCGGUGUGAUGCGGGCGAGCAUCCCGGCUCCGGGGUGCUCCCUCCCACCCCGGCGGGCACAGCCCCUCCCCUGUAGAAUAGCCGGCUGCUCCAAGCAAAAAAUUGCGCUGCUUUCUGAUGGAAAAGCGCAGCAACCCCGACGAUUCCACUCCAACCUUUUUUACUCUCUCCCGGUGUAACUAAGCCCUCUCGAAGCAGAUGUGGUAACACGUUUUUAUUACCUUCAACUCGUACAAUGGCAAUGAAUAAACUUGAGCAGCCUUUUAAAA